AUGCAUAAUUGUACAAACAUUCAGAAUCAAUCACAAAAUAAUCCUACUAAGAAAAAUAGAUCCAAUGGUGUUUUACAUAUGGAUAAUAACAAUCUUAUUAAUUAUCAAGUUUACAAUCAUACAAAUACAAAUGUUACUUGUCAUCAAAAAGUUCAGCAACAUCAUCAUAUUCCACCUCCAUUAUCAUCCAACAUGCAACUCAUCAACUCACCAUCUUCAUCUGUACGUCGUAUGCAUUCUUCAAAUGAAUUAGAUGACGAUUUGCAACAAGUUAUGAAUAAAAAAAAGUAA